AUGGCAACUGAACUAAAAGUCGAAGACAUUAGUGACAUGCCUGUCCUUAUACUGAAUGGAAUCCGUCUUUUACUUGAGAAUUAUUUCAAUCUUUUCAUCGUAUUCGACCUACCUGUCUUUAUACAACUUCCCAUGCUGAAUGGCAUUCAUCUUUUACUUGAAAAUUAUUUCAAUCUAUUCAUCGCGCUUUCUUUCAAUCUUGUCGGACUUAUUUUCAUUUUUUUUUAUAACCCAUCAAAACUAAAAGACAUUAAAGUUCAAAUAAAUGACGACACACCUAUCCUUAUACAACUUCCCAUAAAUAAAACACUGAAUGAAAUCCGUCGUUUACUUGCCGUUGAACCCAAUAUUCGAAUGGGUUCAAAAAUGGAUUUCAUGACUCUAGAUGCUAGAAUCUCACAAAACAACGAAUGUGAUUGCUUUUUAUCAAAAAUUCUUUACGAUAAUAAUCUAAAACUUAUCGGCGAACAGGAACAAGACUGGAACGAAUCAAAACUAAAAGAAAUUAAAGUUCAAAUAAAUGACGACACACCUAUACUUAUACAACUUCCCAUAAAUAAAACACUGAAUGAAAUCCGUCGUUUACUUGCCGUUGAACCAAGUAUUCGAAUGGGUUCAAAAAUGGAUUUUAUGAGCCCGUUUUCCAGAAUUUUGCAAGACUACGAAUGUGAUUAUUUUUUAUUAAAAAUUCUUUAUGAUAAUAAUCUAAGAAUUAUUGGCGAACAGGAACCAGACUGGAGAUACAUAAAGGAAGUAUGUAAACUGGAGUAUGGAGUUAACUUUUUGAAAAAAGGCCCAGAGAGCGCGAAGAAAAAAGCAUUUGAUAUUACGAGACUUCAUCUUAGAAAGUUAGAAAGACCAAAAAUAAUUGAUGAAACGGUCGUGUGCAAAACAGAAAUUGAUAAAAUUUGUGUAGAAAAUCUUAUAGAAAAAUCUCAAGUCACUGCAAAUUUGCUGUGGUCAUCGAUUUCGGCGACCCUCAGUAGAUCUAGAAAGACUGAAAAGCAUAUAAACAUUGAAAACUCAAUUACUUAUCUUUCGACAAAAAGGAUAACAGCCACAAUUUCAUAUUCUGAAUCAGAAGUAAAACCAACAGAAGGAUUUAUAAAGGAUGUUGACAAAGCGCUCGCAUCAGCUGAUCCACAUAAAAACCUUGAAAAUGUUGCUAAAGAAUACGGUCCAUUGUGGUGCAAAAAACUCGAAAUUGGUGGCCGAAUUCUAUAUAAAGAAAGCCAAGAAAAAAACAUAAACGAGUAUAAUAACUCGAGAGAAAAAAAAGCUUCUGGGAAGCUAAAAGCAGCUGGAUAUGCCGAGAUUGGCGGAGAAGCAGCAAGAAGUCAACAAUUGAGACAAAUGGAUUCAUUUGCUAAUGAAUAUUCUUUUUUUCGAAUGUUUGGUGGCUUGGAAGAAAGUUAUCAUGAAUCCGGAAUGUCUGGAUGGAUAAAUUCAUUAGACGACUAUCAAAAAUGGGAGGUAGCGGAGUAUACUGAAAUAAAUUCAAUUUUUGAUAUUCUGGAUCAAGAAAGAAGAUCAAAAGUUGCAAGAAAACGAAUCAUUGCCCCCACUUUCAAAUACAGAUCAUAUAUUCGUGACAACGACGACAAAAACACGCCUGUAAUUAUAAUUCAUCGUCUGGGAAAAUUAAAAGAGAAAUCAUCAAUAAUUGAGGUUAAAUUGAAAUUGGGUUGGAUUGUGGUUAGAAAAUCCACAAUGUUGAAUUUAUUCGGGCAGCCAGUUUUUGAAAGUGAUGAAAUCGAAAUUAAAGCAAAUGAUAACGAUAAGCGACUUAUGGCUGUUAUUCCGAAUAAACGGAAAUUUGAUCCAAAUAGUAGUCUUUUGGCUACUUGUGUUUCAAAAACAGAUUCGCAAGAUGAUCCGAGGGAUUCCAAAUAUAUCGCGGGAACUCAUUUUGUUUAUAAGGAUGGUGCUCUUGAGGCUUGUGCUUUUUGUUAUGAUCUUCAAAAUAUGAAACCAUGUCUUCAAUUUGAUAAUAUUCCAAUUAAACUUUCGGUCAAUUACAGCAUCGUUGCUGGAACAGGAAAACACCAAUUCGGACAAACCCAAAUUACUAGUAAAUCUUUAGGUACACUAUCGCUACUGAGUCAAUCGAAACGCUCUGAAGUUUCUUUUAACGGUUAUCUGGAACUUACUGAGCAACCAACGAUUCCAUCCACGUUUUCAUCCAAUGAACUUGAACCAUCACUAUCAUCAUCCGCACAAAGAAAGUUACAAAGUCCAGUUUUUGUUAGCUUAAUUUUGGACAAGUGUCCAACACACUGUGUUCACGGGUUUUUUAAUAUUACUCCAAAACAUGCGAUAUUUAAGUCUUUAAAUAGCUCAUCUACAAAAGAUGGACAGAAGAUUGCGUAUUUUGGUGUUGUCUGA